GUGACAAUAUGGCGAUUUAUUUUCAGACGUGUUGACGUUUCGUCUUGAGUUUUCUUGUUAAAUUCGUAGUGAAAAAGUGCGUGAAAGUUCAGUGGAGUUGCUGAAAAAUAUCUGGAGUAAUAGCACGCAGAAUAGAUGAAUUUCUGAUGACUGUGUAAGGAGAAAAUGGACCAUCAUGGCUAUUAUCCGGAUGUGAAUACAUAUUCCGGUGCAACGGGUGAAAUUGGUCAGCAGUUGCCUCAUCAGCAGCAACAACAAGCCACAGUAUAUCCCGUGCCGCAUCACCAUCAUCAGGCCUACCAGCAGCCACUACAGCAAUCACAGUCCAGCCAGCAGAUCCAGUCGACGCAGCUGUAUCAUCAGAAAAAUGUCCAGCAGAUGCACUAUGGUGUCUCGUCGCCACUCCAUCGAAAGCACGACGUCCUUGAUACCUACAGUGCCAACGGCGAGAGUUUGCUCAAUUAUUCUGUGAACAGUGGUGAAUGUCCAAGUGUUCCAAUAGCCCAAUGUGGCGUGGAUUACUCUUCUGUUCAGUACGCUAAAAGCGGCGUAGAACAGAGUCCCACCUACUACUACCCCAAAGUCCAAGCUGGAUACGACAACACUUACGGCGGUUACCAAAACUAUCAACACAAUUCAGCAGCAACAACACCCAAUUACGCCAAUGCCUCCUCCUCAUCAUCCAGUCCAAUUGUCCUCAGUGAAUAUCCAGACUCUCCCAAGAACCAUGUUCCCAAUGCCUAUGGCGGUACCAUUAAGUACAAUGGCUACCAAGUAGCAGGAGGAUACAAAAACCCACCGGCAGCCCCAGUUGCACCAAACCAAUGGACGUCUCCUGGUCAGACGGCUCCAGCACCUCCAGCCAAAGACAUGAGACAUGCAUACGGAGUAGUUCCGGUUCGGCAUCCCUUCGACGAUUCAUACAGUCGAACAGCGGUGUACAUGCGUCCGGGAAAUCAUCCCUACAUGUCUCAGGAAUAUGCCUGCACUGAGAAAUAUCCAUCCAAUUACUACAAUCCCGCCAAUCCAUACAAACCCGCGAGUAAUGGAAAAUAUCCAGUUGUCGUUGGAUCUACUCCACGGGCCGUGCGAUCGAUGAUACAGCAAACAGGAGAAGCUCCAGUUCCGCAUCCUUACUACAAUGUCAUGCGACCGGGAAAUGGGUAUCAGCAGCCGACUAGUCAGGUGUACAAUCGUCCAGCCGCACAUCAUGUACCCCAAAAGGAGGUAUACGUGGAAAAUGGCAUUUUUGAAGACCCCUACGGAGCUAAAGUCAACUACAACACGCUUCCGAAGUACAUUCCGCAGUAUGAAGACUACCAUCAUCAUCACCAUCAUCACUCCACCAAUCAAAUACAGCAGCCGGCCAUGAGGAAUUCUGUGAUUCCUGCAAACUAUCAGACAUCCAAAAUUGUGUAUCAGGGCUCGAGGAAUGCCAAUGAAAUGUGCUAUUCGAAUGCAUAUCAAGGAAGCUAUCCGGUCAACCAGACUACGUCGCAGCAACCAAAUCGUGGAUACUACGAGACGCAACAGCAGACCGAAAAGUCCUACAUUGAUCUGGAGGAGCAGAUAAACAGCUCGAAGAUCCUGAAAACCAGCAGACCCCAGAUGUCAGAUUACUACCAGGCGUCUCACUACCAGUAUUUGGGUCAUCAUGCACAGGUUGCAGAUCCAGCAACAUCCUGUCAGGUGCCGCUUAAAAAGACUAAUGUGCGAGACUUCCUGUCAUCGUGGAAUGAGGAUGAGGAGGAGGAGAACAAGCAGAGUCACGAACACAAUCGUUCGGCGGAAAUGAAUAGCAGCGGUGUAAAUUGUAGCUAUGGGAAUACAAUCUACGAUAUGAGCAGACCAAAGGAAUUUGACACGGAAGGUAAUCCUCGAAUCCACGUGGGCAUCACCAUUGACAACAACACCACAAAUCAGAGUAUCAAUCUCCCAGAUAUUAUCAUUGACAUUGAGAAACCAAAGAUGAUGUCAUCGGAAGAUAAUUCCUUGUUGGUGAAUUCGGAGAAAUUGUAUGUGCUGGAAUCUAUUGAUGUACCCAUAUCUGAACUCAACAAAUACAAACACCUCAGCGUUGUGAAUAAAUUGCCUGAGAAUAUUGUUCACUUUGCUGCAAAUGGAGAACCAGAAGGAGAUGGAAAGGACUUUUCUGCUAGCGUUGAGAGUUCCCUCAAGUUCAUUGAAGAGAUUGAGUCAAAUCACGAAAACUACUUCAAGAGUGACUUUGAGAUGAAUGUGGAGUACGAUGAGAAGGAUACUGAGCAGGUGAAGGAACCUGCACAGCCAGUGAAUCAGCCUGAGAGGAAAGAGUCUGUGAUUGUGGCAAAUGGAGAGGCUGAGAAGACACCACUUGAGAGCACAAAGAAGUCCAAGAGGAAGAAGAAGAGACGAUCUUCUAGUCUGGGUGUUAAUAGUGUUGAAUGUUACCCAAUUGUGCCUCCCAAGAAGGUCAAGAGCCUGCAGAAGCUAUGCAUUUCAGUGAUAAAUUCCAAAGAUUUCCGAAAAUCCUACGAGAAGUACUUGACAUGCAAACGGAAAAAAGUCAUUCCGCAGGUGAAGAAGAAGGAACGGAUUUAUCGCUACACCAGACGAUACUGCAGACGUGUACCGAGCUUAAAGGAGCUCUGUGAGAGACAAUUCAUCUCAAUCAGGCAACCACUGAGCCUCAAGGAGAUCUGUGAAUCUUUCAUCUGCAGCCACAGGAACCUCUUUGCUCUGGAGGAAGUUCCACGAGUCCCAAGACUGAGUGAUCUCUGUGAGGAUGUCCUCAAGCUGAAUAACUUUAUCAUCAAUCUGGAUGACUUUAGUGAGGUUCCGGAUGGUACAAAUAUUUGCUUUGAUUUUAUGAUCUCCACAGCAGGUCAGGAACUUCUGCCUCAACCCGUCAGCCCAGUUACUCUCCUUCAACCUGUGCAGACUGAACAGACUCUCCUGGACAUGGAUGCCAAUUACUUCUCUGACACCGAAUCUUAUCGCUUGUUUGAUCUCUGUGAGAGCAACCAUAUUCAGUCCGAGGAGAUAAUACCAGUGGAUGUGGCCAGGGAUCGCAAGGAGAAGCUCUGUGAGUACCUGCGAUCAAAGUACAUCCAAAAACCGCAACACGAAAGGCUCUAUGUGGUGAAGAAGAUGAUUAGGAAGUACUUCUACUAUCAGCGUUACUCACGAAUUCUCCUGAACAUUCAUCGUCGGGAACGAAUGUCUCUAGGCAUUGAUCAACCCGUGCAAAGGAAGCGUCUGAAGAUUGAGACGAAACGCGAUGGUCAAACGAAGAAAAUUCCAAAAGACCACAAAAACUCCCUCAACAAUAACUACAGUCCAAAGAAGAGCUCGAGCGAGGGAGAUGGAAGGGAUAGGAGACCAAAGGAGAGACACAACAAAAGUGAAAGUCCUCCCUUGACUAAUCAGAAGAGAAGAAGCUCUUCUGAAUCUCAUCGUGUUGCCAAAGAUCUCAAACGCCAAGAGCCCAAUGUGUCUACAAAGCGAAAAGCCGAGCAGGAUCUCCGAAAAGGUCAUAAAAAACUCAAUUUUGACGAAAUGCUGCUCAAUGCGGACUCCUACUACAAAAAGACUAUCGGAAGGAUGAAAUCCUGCUCAAGAGAUUCAGAUACAAGUAGUACCAGUAGCGAAGGAAGUAGCUCUAGCAAUUCAACCAGCUCAAGCAGUAGAAGCUCAUCGACCUCGUCGUCCUCCACGUCAAGCUCCACAUCAUCAUCGUCUGACCGAUCCGGAACUCGUUCCCCUUUUGUCAAACUCGAAAGGAGUGUCCUCAUCGAUAAACUGGGCAAAAUGUAUACGUAACAUUGUGCAAAGGCUGCUUUUCUCCUGGCAAAAAAAAAGUAAAUCUUCUGGUUACUGCUCGAGGUACUCCCCUGGUAAGUGAGAAUGAUAAGAGUACAAAUAUUCCCUGUGCGGUAACAAAAAAAAAGUGAUUUAGUACAAAAAUUAUGACUUUUCCGCUCAACAGACAAAAUCGAGCCUUAUCCCUCGAGCAGCUCCACUUGCGGAAUCCUAAAUCAAAAAAUCAAAGACAUAGAGAAAACCCUGAGAAUACCAAAAUGUGCAAUUAUUUUAUUCAAAGAACUCUUUACCAUCUCAUCCUACAAAAGAUGAUUUAUUGUUUUCUGUUUAGCAUUUUUUUUUGUUAUGGUGCUCUUCACUUCACUAAAAUCAAAAGAAAACUACAAUUAUUUAAGUUUACAUAGAAGUACAGUCUUGUGAUAAAA